AUGGCAGCUGUCUGCACACACCAUCAAGUCUUACCAACACCAACCUCCAUGUCCUCGAUCAACAUCUCCAAGAGCUCCCAAGCCCAACUUCUCUUCCGCUCACAUUUGCUCAACCGAAACAAGCCCACGUUUUUAACUUCCACUCCCCAUCUCCACACCACCUCUAAACCCCAGUCCAAACCCCACAUUCUCUGCUCCCAAAGCACUAACCCUAAGACUGCUCGACGCCCUGAUUACAUCCCCAACCGCAUCUCCGAUCCCAACUAUGUCCGUAUCUUCGACACCACACUCCGUGAUGGUGAGCAGUCCCCUGGCGCCUCCUUGACCUCCAAAGAAAAACUCGACAUUGCUCGGCAGCUCGCAAAGCUUGGAGUUGACAUAAUUGAGGCCGGGUUCCCCGCGGCGUCCAAUGAUGAUUUUGAGGCUGUAAAGAUGAUUGCGAAGGAGGUUGGGAAUUCAGUUGACAAGGAUGGUUAUGUGCCUGUGAUAUGUGGGUUGUCGCGGUGCAAUAAGAAAGAUAUUAAGAGGGCAUGGGAUGCCGUGGAGUGCGCCAAAAGGCCCAGGAUUCAUACUUUUAUUGCAACCAGUGCCAUUCAUAUGGAGCAUAAGCUGAGGAAGACUAAGGAACAGGUGGUUGAGAUUGCAAGGGAUAUGGUGAGUUAUGCCAGGAGCUUGGGUUGUGAUGAUGUUGAGUUUAGUCCUGAAGAUGCUGGCAGAUCCGAUAGGGAAUUUUUGUACCAGAUUUUGGGUGAAGUUAUAAAGGCUGGAGCAACAACUCUGAACAUUCCUGACACUGUGGGUUAUAACGUGCCAAGUGAAUAUAGUCAGUUGAUUUCUGACAUAAAAUCUAAUACCCCUGGAAUUGAGAAUGUUAUCAUUUCGACUCACUGCCAAAAUGAUCUUGGACUUUCUACUGCCAAUACUAUAGCGGGGGCAAGUGCAGGUGCUAGGCAACUGGAAGUAACAAUCAAUGGCAUUGGUGAAAGGGCUGGGAAUGCUUCAUUAGAGGAGGUUGUCAUGACCUUAGAUUGCCGUGGGGAUCAUGUGCUUGGGGGGCUUUAUACCGGGAUCAAUGCUCGGCAUAUCUAUAUAACAAGCAAGAUGGUCGAAGAAUAUACUGGGUUGCAUGUGCAGCCACACAAGGCUAUUGUUGGAGCUAAUGCUUUUGCACAUGAAAGUGGUAUCCAUCAGGAUGGAAUGCUCAAGCACAAAGGUACAUAUGAAAUUAUAUCUCCUGAAGAUAUUGGGUAUGAACGGUCCAAUGAAGCUGGUAUUGUCCUCGGGAAACUUAGUGGACGCCAUGCUUUGAAAAAGCGACUUGAAGAGCUUGGUUAUGAACUUGCUGAUGAUCAACUUGAGACUAUAUUCUGGCGUUUCAAAGCAGUAGCUGACCAAAAAAAGAGAGUAACCGAUGCAGAUCUCAGAGCAUUGGUGUCGGAUGAAGUUUUUCAGCCAGAAGUUGUCUGGAAGCUUCAUGAUUUACAGGUUACCUGUGGAACUCUUGGUCUUUCCACAGCAACUGUUAAAUUAAUCGAUGCUGAUGGGAGAGAACAUGUGGCAUGUGCAGUUGGAACAGGUCCAGUGGAUUCAGCUUACAAGGCUGUUGAUCUCAUUGUAAAGGAACCGGUAACACUCCUUGAGUACUCUAUGAAUGCGGUCACAGAAGGAAUUGAUGCAAUAGCAACUACUCGUGUUCUGAUCCGAGGGGAAAACAGUAAUAUAACUACUCAUGCUUUCACCGGAGAAACAGUUCAACGGACAUUCAGUACGGAAAUCUCUAUUUUGUCUUCUGGUGCCAGUGGAAUUGGGGCAGGAAUGGAUAUUGUUGUGUCUAGUGUGAAGGCCUAUGUUGGCGCAUUGAAUAAGAUGUUAGGUUUUAAGGAAAGCUCCCCGACAAAGGUUCCCGUAGAACGAACCCCGGUGUCUGCAUGA